CCCAAAAAAAAACUUCUAACAACAACUUUCCAUCGUUCGUACCGAACAAAGGAAAAUUUAAAGGCUCCAAGACCUUUAUCUCUUCGUAUCAGUACACUCUAUCUCCAAAACAAUUUAUCGUACUGAAACGUUCGCAUAAUCUCACUCAAACCAAAGAUCAUUCAUCCAGAAGAAACCUUGGCAACUGCUCCAUGAAAAUAAUGUCAGCAACUCGUAACAUGCAAAAAUAGAUAGAUAGCGAUAACGAAGAUAGGAUAGUGUAUCACGCAAGAACAAUAUCGAUUGUAUACAGUCUACUUAUCUAAUCUUUGGCAACGAUUGAUAACAGAAUCUUCGCUCGAGUACAUUUUUGCGGACGAACUGAUCAGUCCAUCGGCAACUUCGCGGUUGUUUAUUGGGAAUUUACUGCAUUCCAACGAACAUGUUUUCGUUACGCGUCAACAAACAAUAAAAAAACAGUGCAGCGAAUGAUAAAGAAAAAUAUUUAUCGUGCGACGGAUUUUUGAAAUAAUAGUUCAAAGUUUCAAGUGACACUCUAUUAUUUCUGGGCCUUUGGUGAAUUUAAUUAUUUAUUCAAGUUUCAAGUGUUCCGACGAAAGUUUUUACGCGUGAAGGUUAAAACUUCGUUAACGUGAAGGUGUUAAAAUUUGUUGAGGUGUAAAAUCUGUUUACGAAUCGAACAUUUUUAUUACAGCGAUUUGACUAUCUCGUGUUUGAAAGUUUGCAUCGAUAAAGCGAUCGGUUGCGAAGGAACGCGCGUGUACGCGACUGCUAAAAAUAACAUUGUUAUAUCAAAAUUUCUAAUGCAUGUCGGGCGAAUAUGAACACGGAAAGCGUAUUUUCGUGCUUGGUUGAAAUUAGACAAGUGCAUUAGUUGCAAUACCGUAACGUGCAUCGUUGGAAGAAAAGAGUAUCUCGAGUCUGAGGAAACGUUACGUUUCACGUCACUUCCUUACACGGUUGCUUCGAAGAAUAACUUGAACUUUAUCGUUAUUUUAUUGGAUGGGAAUUCUUCGAUUUUAAGAGCAAUCAUUUAUUUAAUAGUAGGACUAUCGAGGAUGAUGUUAAACCUAUUAAAUGAUAAAUUAGAUUGAUUUUUGUUCGUCCUGUUUCAAGGUUAUUGGGAACAGUAAUUUUGUUUGAUUAGAGAAAUAGAAAAAAAUUAGAAAAGAUUAGAAGAAAUUAGAAAAAAUUAGAGAAAAUUAGAAAAGAUUAGAAGAAAUUAGAAAAAAUUAGAGAAAAUUAGAAAAGAUUAGAAGAAAUUAGAAAAAAUUAGAGAAAAUUAGAAAAGAUUAGAAGAAAUUAGAAAAAAUAAGAGAAAAUUAGAAAAGAUUAGAAGAAAUUAGAAAAAAUUAGAGAAAAUUAGAAAAAAUUAGAAAAAGGUAUUUCUAUUGAUUGAAUAUUGUACCCGGACUAAUGUCAACAUAAAUGUGACCAUAGUCAGCCCAUAAGUAUUUAUAACAUCUAUGUCGAUUGAGGAAAGUGUAAAUUAAAUAAUUGAUGAUUUGAUGUUUAAUGUGAAAUAAAUAUUUUAUUUUUAAUAUAUGAGGCAUUCCGCGUCAAAUUGGAUGGUUUAAGAAGUUUUUUCUUUUAUUUUCUUAAUUUUUUGGAAUUUGUUUAGUACAUCUCCAAAGGUGCUUCCUGGUAAAUCCCUACUCAGAACAAAAAAAUCAGUAUUGAUAACAACUUAUAGCGAAAAAGAAUUUUUUUUAAUUUUUAAAAAUUGGAAACAAAUGGUAAUCAAAAGUUGCAGGAUGGAUAGAAGUUUAAAAUAGAAAAUCUUCAAGAAAAUCGAAGGACGUGCAGUUUUAAAAACACGAUUGAAUACUUCAAAUUCAAAAAUUUUCAUUAAAAGCAUUUUAAAUAUUUUGUUUGUAUUUUUUUCUGUAAAGACCAUAUAAAACAAUAAUUUUGAAAAAUAAGAAAAUUGAAUUUUGACCAUUCCAAAUAUAAUAACUGUUCACUAUACAUUGGCGGCCAUAUUGGAUCCGCCAUUUUGAAAUUUGCAAUUCUGUUAUGAGAUUCCAAGUUUGCAGCUAAAACACUUUAAAUAUAUUUUUUUGUAUUUUUUUCUGUAAAGGCCAUCCAAAAACAAUAAUUUUGAGAAAAAAAGAAAAUUAAAUUUCGACCAUUUUAAAUCUAAUAACUUUUCAAUAUACAUGUCGGCCAUAUUGGAUCCGUCAUUUUGAAUUUUGCAAUUCCGAUAUCGGAUUUGAAGUUUGCGGCUCAAAUAAGGUAUAAAUACUAAGUUUCAUGAAAAUCUAAUAAUUUUCCAAUAUACAUGUCGGCCAUAUUGAAUCCGCCCAUUUUGAAUUUUGCAAUUCCGAUAUCGGAUUUGAAGUUUGGGGCUAAAACACUUUAAAUAUUUUGUUUGUAUUUUUGUCUUGAACUCGAAUUUUUUGAAAAUUCAAUAUUUUUUGAACCAGUGAUCCAAAAAAUCUCAAAAUUUACCAAGAAGCCUCUCUUGAGGUAUACUAAAAAAUACAAAACAAUAAAAAAAAAUGGAAAAAAAAAUUUGUUUCAACCGUCCGAUUUGGCGCGGAAUGCCGCCAUAUUUAAAUUAAUACAAUGUCCGCAUACUUGCGAGCGGGGUGUAUGUAUCUCACAACAGUUCGUUCUGGUGACAGGGACUGCACGGUCACAGAAAAAACGCAAGAACAGUGACGCGUGCAUCGCGAACGACCUCCACGGAAGUUGGACCGUUUCGUGGAAAAAUACGUGCGACACUAGAGAAGCAAACGUGCCGAAAGUGGAGGGAGUGCGAAAAGGGACGGCGAAUUCGCGCCGGGCGGCAGACGAUCGGCGCGCUUCUUUCGAGCCAGAGGCUCCCGUUGGCGCGUCUCAGACAGCCCGGCGAAGAACCGUUGUUCGCUCCGGCGCUCGCGUACGCUACGCCGCGACGUGGACACGCGGGUCGUUACGUUUAUUGGCCGCGGAACGAUUAUCGUGUGGUUGGACACGUUCCCGUGGCUCCGUUCGCUUUUCCUGCGGCGCGCUUCGGGACGCGAAGUGUUCGCGAGUGUUGACGAAGGGGAAUUGACACGGAGGAAGUUGUUUAGAGAGAUUGGAUUGCUCCUUGUGAAUUGGAGGAAAUGUGUUUGGAGGAUUGGUUUGUCCUCGAAGGUGUAGGACUUGGAUUUGUUUACUAUAAAUAAAUUCGAAUCGUGAUUCGUCAAAAGUGAUGAUUAUGUCAGGCUUAUCUUCGCGUAACGCGUGGUGAAACUAAUUGGGAGUAAGGCUUGCGUGGAUGGGGGAGAAUGAGGGGAAGAUUUAUAUCGCAAAAAUUCCCUCGAUGAGCCUGAACAAACAAUGUUAGCGCCUCCAUUACCAACCAGUGCCGCGUUCAAACAAUGAAAGACUCUCCAAUACCAGUGAAAAUGUCUACCGCAAACGUGUCACGCGUGGAGGAUUUAGAAAACAGUCCCGAAUGGACGAGUCUCGCGAACGAGAUCAACGACCUUGAGAAAAUAUGUCAUCUAAACAACCAUCGCCAUUCGAAAAAACAACUAUUCAACUACCCAAAUUACGAAAAACGCUCUAUGCCUCGUGUCCAAAAGGCGAAAUCCGUUUGGAUAGAGCCUGGGGAGGACGUAAACAAAAAUUUAGAACAAAAUCACCCCGAUCCUUCAAGGCCUGACCGCGAAACCUACCAUUGGAAUUGGAAACCGAAAACGGAAUUCGAGCGGGCCUAUUUCUUCGACGACUACAAUAACGAAAGUUGCGAAAACAGUCGAGAAAGACGUUGCAAGUCUCUACCGUAUAAUGAAACGAUUCGAGGGUUCGAUCAGAGGCCAGAUCAAAGGUCCUCUGAAUAUCAAAAGGACCAAAGUCCCGUAAAUAAUGAACUCCGUCAGAGUUAUAAUGGUGAUAAAUAUGAUGACAGAGGACCGAGCAGCAGUGAAACUAGAGAAAGGCUUCAUGAAAUAUUCGAGCGCAACAGGUACCUCAGGAGAAAGUUCUUCGCCAUCUUGCCAGACGACAGCGCCACCUAUGAUGACAGCGCCAUCUCGCGAGACGAUGACAGCGCCAUCUUGCCGGACGACAGCGUCACCUAUGGCGCCACCUAUGGCGCUGAUAUCUCCAAAAGCUUGGACAACAAAGCUUCCAAUCCAAGCUCUAAAUACAAUAAAUACAAUAAUGGGUUUGGGAGUACGGAGACGCUCACCAGUCAAAGCAAUCAGUCCUCAAUCAGUAGCAUCAAUGAUAGGAAGUCGAGAGGCAUGGCGAACACCACUCCAGAACUCGUGGAAGAACUCGUAAAGGAACUCGUAGAAGAGGAAAGGUGUCCUGAUGAAGUUUUCCAGGAGAAUAACUACGUAGAAAGGAAAAUGGCGGCAGAAAGGAAAAUGGCGACAGAAAGGAAAAUGGCGACAGAAAGGGAGGAAAGGUGUCCUGAUGAAUUUUUCCAGGAGAAUAACUACGCAGAAAGGAAAAUGGCGGCAGAAAGGAAAAUGGCGGCAGAAAGGAAAAUGGCGACAGAAAGAAAAAUGGCGACAGAAAGGAAAAUGGCGACAGAAAGGGAGGAAAGGUGUCCUGAUGAAUUUUUCCAGGAGAAUAACUACGCAGAAAGGAAAAUGGCGGCAGAAAGGGAGGAGAAUAAUUCACAGCCCAGUCUUAUUAAUAUUUCGCAAGUGAAUGUUACGAAGGAGUCACUAAACAAUCAAAACUCCGAUUCGAGGGAAAUUAUGACUCAUCGGAAGUUCCAAGGGUCAACUGUAGAUGAGAGUAAACGACACAGUGCUAUAAGUACCGAAUGCUACGAACAGUCGAAUUCCGUGGAUGAGAUUGAACAGGAAAGAAACUGCAAUCGAAAACCCAUGAAUAAAAUUUACUCCGAUUGCAGAGUCUCUAAUAAACAAAUAAAGAGUUUGGAAUACAUAACCUCGAACAUAACCUCAAGCGGUGAAAACGAGACGUCAGGACGAGGCACACAGGACGAGACGUUAAAAAGAAACAUGGAAUCUAAAUCCAAUUCUGGUCAACUAAAUUCUUACGUGACGACGUCCAUCGAGGAUGACGAAAUCUCAUAUCAUACAUCCUCAAGACAAAAAGGACUGGAUGUACAAUACAAUCUCUGCAAAUCUUUACCCAAUUUAUUCCACGCAGAAAGAACAUUAAAUCCAACCUUAGGAAUAAAAUUCAGGAAUAAUCAUUUCUCAGGGAAUUCGUGUCAGAAAUAUAGCAGUAUAUCCGAACUACCAACGAACUAUCGCAGCGAGCAAACUGUGGACGAGCAUCAUCGCAGACACUGCGCCUCUCACGUCGACAUUCCGAAGCUCGGAAGCCUCCCAGAGCCGAGAAGCUUCACGCUACGUAGAAUAAAAAUCGCCAGAGUUCCUCCGCCCAUAGAUUUAUCAAGAGUGAACGAGAGGUACGAAGAGAUGGAGGCGAUGGAGAGAAGGCAACUGCGCAAUUACACGGUCGACGUGUCCUUUCUGCGCAACUAUGAUUGCCCUUUGCGAGGCCAGCCGACGGUAAUACAGGACGAAUGCUCCUCGGACGAUAAUUGCGACUCGUCGAAGUUCAAAGAAAAUGAUUCUAGCUACAGAAGUGAACGAGACGAGACGAUUAAAGCGAAGAGUAUUAAAGAAAAUCAUUCGAUACAGGUGAAGAGGUUGGACAGAGAUGGAGAGAGAAGUUUGAGAGAAGUUUACCGUGGAGAUUUGUCGGUGACGGAUGAUCUACUAUCGCCACGGCUCGUUAAUAAUUAUAGUUCUGUGAUGGACCUGCGUUCGAGUGACCACGGAGCGAACCUUCGGGAUAAUUCAGAGGUUGGAUUGGAGUCUUCGGUGGAUAGGAACGCUCCUUUGUCCGAUCACGUGAAUUCGAUCAGGGGACUUCCAGCCGGGACCGGAACCACGCUUCCAUUGGUCUACGGGCCGAUUCCGUACAGAGGCGAACGGUUAUUGCUACGGCUUUGACAUUAGAGGAGGGAAAGGAAGAUCAUUUUUUAUCGAUAGAAUUAAGUCCCUCGUUUCAGUUAUGGUUAACAAGAAUUGUUGCAAAAUCUUCGUUAACACAUUCGCGACUGCUGAUAUGAAUUUACGUCACUUCUAAUUCUAUUCUUUUCCUUUUAUAUUAUUUAUUUAUAAUGCUCGCAUGAACAGCAAGGUCAUUAGGAACUACAAAUUCUAUUCUUGGUUACGAAAAAGUUUUUUAUUUCAUAUACUACAUAUUUACAACACUGAUAUUUCAAAACGUAUUUUGUAAUUUUUGUCUUCGCCCUAACGAUAUGAAUCAGCGAUGUCAAGCUUCAGAAAUUUAAUAUUAUUAUUUACGAAGAAAACAAGCUUUUGUUGAAGAAAAUCAAUAGAUAAAUACCGGAGUUAUGAACAAUUGAGUAAAGGUAGAAAAACUCCAAUUUUACUCUGUUUUUGUAUUUUUCCGGUAUUUAUAUAGAAAAUGUUUAUUCAAUUCAUUCCGUUCGUCUUUAUUAUUAAAUUUCAACAUUAUAUGAGAAGAAUAGAAAUAAUUUUGACCUUAGUUAAGUACCUAAGUUAGUAAUUAUUUUAUUUAGUAAAUAGUUUAUUCGAUUCAUUUCGUUCAUCUUUAUUAUUAAAUUUCAAUAUUAUAUGAGAAAAUUAGAAAUAAUAAGAAUGAACGAAAUGAAUUAAACAAACGUUUUCUACAUAAAUACGAGAAAAAUACAAAAACAGAGUAAAAUUGGAAUUUUUCUACCUUUACUCAAUUGUUCAUAACUCCGGUAUUUAUCCAUAGAUUUUCUUCAAUAAAAGCUUGUUUUCUUCGUAAAAGUGCGAUCUAUACGUAAACAACAAGAAACUAGACAUAAUUUGACACUUUCUAUUUUUUUAUGCCGACGGGAAAAAUGUUUGUGUUCUAUUUUAGCAGAAAUAUCGAAAUUUCUCCUACAUUUUCCCCUAUAACACAGAAACUAUUGAACCAAUUAGAAAACAAUAUUACAAACAAUUAUUGGAGAUUCGAUUACCUUUAACAUGGCAUCUUGCGCGACCCAAUCGGACGUUUUUAACUCGAAAUAAAGCCUAAAAUGUGAAGUUAUCUCAGAAAAAAAAUCGAAAAAAAAAUUCAAAAAUUCAUAUAAAAAAGACGUAUCUAUAGACAAAUUUUUCAUGGCGAUUUUCGAGUUUAGCAGACCAAAAUAUAUAAGAAAAAAAUUGUGGCAUUGAAUGUACAUUAUUUAUUUUAUUUUGUAAACUAAUUAUAAUUAGUAGGAAAUGAUAUUCGAAAAUUUCACUAAGUGCAGAAAUUAAUUCCGUGCCUUUACGUUUAAUUAUUUAUAACUCCAGUUGAAAUAGAAAUGUCAACAGACCAUUUUGUUACGUUAGAGAACCAACCUUCUACAUAUGUAGUAAUUAAACUGUGUGAAACACAUAAAUUGAAUCGACGUUUGACCUUAUAACUACUGAUGGAGGGAAGAUUAAAAGUUGUACGUUUUUUCUUUAUAAAUAAAUGGUAAGUGCACCUUAAAAAAGCAUAGAAUUUAUUUCUAUAUCCGAUGUAUUAAAUAACUUUUCCCUACAAAAUUUACCACACCUCCAGAGACAGUACAACUUUUACUUGAAAUAUUUCUCAAUAUAUUUUGUAAUUUAAGAUUUAUAAUAGGUAUGAAAGAAUUGAAUUAGAAUCAUAAAAUGGCUGCAACGAAAUACAUUAGAACAUUGAUGUUGUACGAAUUUCGAAUAUUGAUCCAAAGUUUGAUAAUUCACGAUUCAAGUUUUCAAAACAAUGAAACCUCAUAUUUUCCCUACGAUUGAUUAUCUCAAAGUUAAUUGCAUUAUUUAAUAUUUCUAAAAUCAGAGACACGCGAUGAAUGUCUCGAAGAAGUGAUAGUACAAAUAAUAUUUAAAUGUGCA